GACCCGAACGAAUGAAACUUUAUCGUACAAGUGUGUUUUGUGUAUAUUGUAUUGUGUUUGUUCAUUCUAUAUUAUCGUAUAAACUUAGUGCCUUUUGCAAUUUAUUAAAAUAUUUUAUUUACCCAUCAAAUUCAACUAAAUAAAUAUUUGAAAUGGCUUCGAUAGCGGCAGCUCAAGUGCAAGAAGUGCGUUCUAUAACACGAAUAGAGAGAAUUGGCGCUCAUUCUCACAUUCGAGGUUUAGGGCUAGAUGACUCGCUUGAACCACGAGCUGUGUCUCAGGGCAUGGUUGGCCAAAAGAUGGCAAGAAAGGCCGCCGGGGUCAUCUUACAGAUGAUUCGAGAAGGCAAAAUAGCUGGCCGAGCGGUUCUACUUGCCGGCCAGCCUGGUACAGGCAAGACGGCCAUUGCCAUGGGUCUCGCACAGGCCCUCGGUCCUGACACACCAUUUACAAGCAUGGCAGGUUCUGAGAUUUAUUCACUAGAAAUGAGCAAGACAGAAGCGCUAACACAAGCCAUUAGAAAGUCAAUCGGAAUCAGAAUUAAAGAGGAAUCGGAGAUAAUCGAGGGCGAAGUGGUGGAGGUGGUGGUGGAGCGCGCGGCGGGCGGCGGCGGCGCCCGCGUGGGCCGGCUCACCCUCAAGACCACCGACAUGGAGACCAACUACGACUUGGGGGCCAAGAUGAUCGACUCGCUGCUCAAAGAGAAGGUGCAAGCUGGUGACGUCAUCACCAUCGACAAGGCCACAGGCAAGAUCAACAAGUUGGGCAGAAGCUUCGCGCGCGCCCGCGACUACGACGCCACCGGUCAGCAAGCACGCUUCGUGCAGUGUCCAGAGGGCGAGCUGCAGAAGCGUAAGGAAGUGGUACACACGGUCACCCUUCACGAAGUUGACGUCAUCAACUCUAGAACGCACGGAUUUCUGGCUUUGUUCUCUGGGGACACCGGUGAAAUAAAGUCAGAAAUCCGCGAGCAGAUCAACAGCAAAGUAGCGGAGUGGCGCGAGGAGGGUAAAGCUGAGAUGAUACCGGGGGUGCUCUUCGUUGAUGAGGCCCACAUGCUGGACAUUGAAUGCUUCUCGUUCCUUAACCGCGCGCUAGAGUCGGAAACUGCGCCCGUCGUGAUCAUGGCUACCAACCGCGGCAUCACUCGCAUCAGGGGCACCAACUACCGCAGCCCGCACGGCAUACCCCUGGAUCUGCUAGACCGCAUGAUCAUAGUGCCAACCACGCCGUACUCUCACCAGGAACUGCGGGAGAUACUCAAUAUCAGAUGCGAGGAGGAAGACUGCCAAAUGUCUGCGGAUGCUCUCACGGUGCUGACGCGAGUUGCCACGGAAACCUCCCUGCGGUACGCCAUCCAACUCAUCACCACCGCGUCCCUCGUCGCCAGGAGGAGGAAAGCCACCGAAGUAAGCAUGGAAGACGUGAAGAAGGUCUACUCCCUCUUCCUGGACGAGCACCGUUCGGAGCAGUUCCUCAAAGAGUACCAGGACGAGUUUAUGUUUGACGACGGGGCCGGAGGUGAUAAUGCACCUCAGAUGAUGGAAGUGUCCCAGUAAAUUCAGUAUAAAGCUAUGAAUAAACUGAAGAACUAGUCGGCAGUAUGUGUAAAGGUUAAUGAUAAAAUGUCAUUCCACUAUUUUUUAUAUAAACCACGAUAAUUUUUAACAAUUUCCAAACAUUUUAGAAGUUUGGUUAUGGCAGUAUAAGAGGGACGUCUUUGUUUAAGAUUAAAUAAAGCUUAUUGUCUACGAUAACUAUUAUUUUAAAUUUAGAAUGUACAGUUUGAGUGUUUAAUUCGAAUUUGUUUUUUUUUUUGUGUAUGUUUUACGGCUCUGGAUACAGAUCCUUAUGAGCCUUUUCAUUAACGUUCGAAAUGUCGAAUUUUGACGCACUGAUAUUGAUAUGUUGACACAUUUUGACAGAAUUGACGUUUGUAAUCACAUGUGUUUAGUACACUUGUCAUUAAUUUGUCCGGCUCGAAGGACCACAUAUGGUCAGGGUAUGUAAAGAGUGGACUGUAAUUUCUUGAACUGGUAUAAUUACUGGGUAUAUAACGUUCUUUUAGUCCGACAAUCAAUGUAGAGCACUAAUUAAAAAAAAACACUACACCACCCAGGGGGAACCGCGUGGAGGUCGACCUGAAAAGGUAUAUUGCUAGUAAUGGGGCUAUUAGACCCCAUUACUAACAAUCCCUUUCCACCCAUCCCCUUGAAGGGUUUUUUUAAUGCAUGAUUAAUGGAAUGGUAGGCAGUAGGGCCUAACUGUAUACGCUGGCGGGGCACCAGUGAGGGAUGAUAGGUGAAUAAUGAUAAAAGCAGGUCAGUCAGCCCAUCGUGAUGAAUACACUCAUGGAACUCAGCAUGAUGGUUUCCAGGGGUAACCGCGUGGAGGUCGACCUGACAGGGGUAUAUUGCUAGCAACGGGACUGGUAGCCCGCAUUACUAACGAUCCCUUCCCCCCACCCUCUUGAAGGGUUUAGUCAAUAGUUGCACAGUGAUAGUCUAUAAAACAGUAUUUUUCCGAAACUAAGAGGUAGGUUUAUAAAAAUGACGCAUCAGAAUCUACCCCAUUGACUUAUUUGAUUAUUUGUACAUUUUCUUAUGACGAGUUUGAGACUCUCUGUGUACUCGAGAUGUCAAUAUGUUUAAGUUAGUUAUAUGUUCUUGUUAAGAUUAUUUUUAAUAAAAAAAAAAUAAAAAAAAUAAGUACAAA